GCUUUCGUGAUCAGCUGAGCGAGGAGAAGUAGGCAUACGUAUAAAAUAAUGUCGUUUCUUAAUUAUUGCUGUUAAAUAUAUGAGCUAUGAGUGGUGUGGAUCCCUUGAGAGAUUCAUCAGAAUAUGCUGUCCCGUCUGAUGGUACCCAAGAAACCUGUUUGCCGGCCAACACCGCAGAUGUGCACAUCUGCGGUAGCUGCAAGGAAACAUUCUCAGACAUCGAGUUGUUCGUUCAGCACAAAAUAUCGCAGUGUUCCAGUUCGUACAAACAGAUAACACAGCUGUCGAACGCCGUGUCGCAACUGCCGGUCCAAUAUGUCGUCAACUCGUCCGCUGCCGCAGUCGCCCAGCUGUCCUCCGUCAGUUCACCGGUUUACGGCGUGAUCAUCAACAGGACGUCCGCCAGCACCGAACAGAUUUGCGACAGCAUACGGUACGAAGGCAGCAGCGUGAAAAGUAUUCUGAGGACGAGACUGCUUGGCACUAACUCUGUGUCGCAGGUAACUAUAGGCCCGUCAGAAGAAAUCAUCCUGGAACCUCAUGGUGGUGGUGACGCCCGAGAGGAACAAUCGAGAAGAGAGUUCCAAUCGGAUGAAGAAGAUGUUGCAACGUUGUUAGCUAACCAUUUGUCAAAUGAAGAUGAUAACCUGGCACAUCAAUCUUGUUCAUCACCAUCUAGAGCGUUGCUGGAGCUGAGCCACGCGCCGGAGGACAUGGUCUUGGCCGAGCAGGGCGAGGUCAAGAGGGACCCGGGGGAGGGGGAGGGCGACGGCUGGCCCGGGAAGCAGGAGCGGGACCCGGGGGCGGGCGGGGGCUGCGUGUCCCCCGGCGACGCGGGGAUCGUCUUCCUGCCCCAGGCCGGGCGCCCCAAGAGGCGGCACAACUGCGCCGUCGACGACUGCGACUUCACCAGCCUGUACUACAAGGACCUGAUACGCCACAUGAGGAAACACACCGGUGAGCGUCCAUUCCACUGCGCCAUCUGCAGCCGUUCCUACAGCCGGGGGGACAAGUUGCAAGUGCACAUGCGCAUCCACUCUGGCGAGAAGCCGCAUCGCUGCAAGCUGUGCGAGUAUGCGACCAAUGACAGCGGGAGUCUGCGGAAGCACAUGCGAAUACAUAGCGACGAGAGGCCUUACAAGUGUCAGAUAUGUCCAUAUCGUUCCAGGGACUCGUCCCAGCUCACAGUUCAUCUGAGAACGCACACAGGAGACAACCCUUUUGUCUGUAGUUACGAGAACUGCCCGUCAGCGUUCAAAACAAGCUCGGAUCUUAAGAGGCACAUUCGCAUGCACACUGGAGAAAAGCCAUUUUCCUGUGAAUUUUGCAGUUACCACUGUGCCAUAAAAUCGAAUCUUCGAGUUCACAUACGUUUAAACCACUCGGAGAGUAAAACAAUUUUAUGUUCGUCUUGUGAUUUUGCUGCAUCUUCAAAACGAGAAGCCAAAGAGCAUGAGAAAAUUCAUGCAGAUGAAAUUUUGAAGUGUGGCAUUUGUUCCUAUACAUGUAUAACCUCAGGAAGUAUGAAAAAUCAUAUAUUGAAAGUGCAUCCUCAGGAAAAACCGCUUGUGUGUAAAUACUGCCCUUAUACGUGCCGGAGACACGGCUACAUGAAAGUUCACGUGAAAAAGAAACACCCCGAUGUGAAAAUCGGCAGGAAGGUGAGAAGCUGUUCCAAAGACCCGGCAUGCGGCGCAGUUCCGGUGUCUUCCUCGGCCUCGCAGCCCCGCAACUGCGCUGCGAUGAAGUCCGAGCCGUACUCGAAGCCGUUCCUGGUCAAGUCCCACCGCUGCGCGACCUGCGACGCGUCGUUCGUGCGGGAGGACUCGCUGCGGAGUCACGUUCGCCAGCACGACGCCGAGAACAGGGCGUGCGCCGCCGACUGCGGGGCCGUCGACAUCUUGAACCGGGCCGCCGCGGACUCGAAGAUCGAUUGCGAGGAGGAGGAGGGAGUCGACGUUCCUUCGGACUCGUUCGUGGUGACGGUCGGCGGCGACGUGUCCGAGCGGGGCGGCGACGCGGGACAGGGGGGGGACCGGGAGGCGACCGGCGGCGGCGACGAGGGGAAGCCCCCGGAGGCGGGGGAGAUGGUGCUGGGCCUGUCGUCGAGCCUGCCCCAGUUCCAGCCGGUGCUGCUGUACGUUCAGAACCCGGGCGCGGCGAACGACGAGGACGGCGAGAGCCUGCGGGGCAGCGCGGAGGUCCUGGCGUCGCUGCACCAGGCCGGGUCCAUCCUGCUGGCCAGCCACUGCGGGCAGUACCUGGCGACGGUGACCACCCAGGACUCCUCCCUGGAGCACUUGCAGUCCGGCGCGCAGUACGUGCUGGAGGGCGUGGUGGGGGGCGGGUCUUCGUUCGUCCCCGCCGCGACGAUGGCGGUGCAGGAAACCGCGGGCUCGGAACUCGCCAUUCCCGUGCAGUCCCUACUCUCCAUGCCGAUGGACAGGGAAGAGCUUCUGCAAGAGAAGAGCGGGUGAUUCGUCGGGACUGGCUUAAAACGUAUUCACGCGCAGCGAUGGCAUUUAAAUGCUUGGAGGUACACAAAAUUAAUUAAAUUUUAAAAUGAUCCUUGAGUACAGUAUUUUUUAGUAUGGUACAGCAAUACACUCUUUAGAAGUUUGGUGUUACGUUCCAACAGUUAAUAAGCAUGAAUAAUUUUGUGCAUUACAUAUAAUUACAUAUAAUUGAACUCCUUUAAGAUGUUUCCCUGGUUUUGAUGCAUCUAAUAUCAUUUGAUUGCAUAUUAUUUAAGAGAGAUUUAAUGCUUUCAUCAGUUAAAACAACUUUACUUCAAUUUAAACUUGUGCAGCACACGUUAAAGGUUUUUACUGAUAGUAUGAAAUAUUUUCCAAAACAUUUAAGGUUUAGUAUUUCUAUUAGGCCUAGCAAGUAAUAGCUAAGAUAAAAGUACAUUUCCACAAAACAACCUGCAAAUAUUAUUUUCUUUUACUAUUAUAAAGUUUGCUGCUUAAAAGUCCGAAAGUAUUAAAGCUACAAGCUAUAUUUGUUUCAAAUUGCCUUUAAAUGUGUGCUGUAUGUAGGAUGAGAGUAAAAAUAAGCUUUAUAAUAUCAUUCUAAAUGACAUUAUAGUUCUCUACGUAUUUGUGAAGUUUUAAAUAAAAAAAAACUUAAAAAAACUGUUAUUAUUGUUGUAGCUUCUAAAUAAUGACAAUGAGAUAUUAUGGUAAAUGAUAGAAGAAAAUAGGUACGUACUUCUGUAAUAUUUUGAUAUUCUUAGAACAUAAUGAGACAUUAUCCUUGUGUAUUAGACAAAAACAAUUUAGCUAGCUUGUGAGAGAAAUAUAAUUAAUAAGUACAUAUUUGAAAACAUUCUUAUCCAAACAAUUGCAAUACUUAAAUUAUUAUUAUUAUUUUUUUCUUUCAAAAUUUAAAAUCUGUUCUUUUAUAAAAUUUUGUAUAUUUCUUUUUCCAAGUAUUAUGUUUUAUUAAAUCUCGUUGCUGAUUAUGCAGGUUACAUUGCAACUCUUUACUAAGAGAGAAAACCUAAUAAGUUAGCUGCCAUAAGCUUGUCAUUUAUCUGAAAGCUACAUAUAGUUGUCAAUACAUUGCUUUGGGUUCCUACUGUAGAUUUCUAGCAACAAAGUAAGUAAAAAUAAAAUGUAUGCAUGUACUUACGUACACACGUUAGAAGUUAUACUUACUUGUCAUAAUAAAAAAAAAACUAAUUAAAUUUUGCAUGCAAAUAAUUAAUAAAAAUAAAAUAAUGUAAGGAUUUAAGUGAUAUAAUAAAUACAGUUGGUAAAGUAUAAAUUCUAUAUAAUUAAAAAAUACAUAUAAAUAAAUACUCAAUAUUCAAUAUAAAUAUAAA